UGGUGUGGCCGGACAUUAUCAAAAUGUGCAUUAAUCAUGAAAGUCUGAGACUUGUAUUAUUUCUGCAAAAGUGAACAGCACACAGCGUCAUUACUCUUCGAUGAUCUUAAAUGGAAGGCCGAGGAAGGCAUCUCCUUGACGCCAAGCUGAGAUCCAAAAGAAUAAGUGCUACUUGAGGUGUCUUAUAUUCUUCAUUAUUGAUUUCGUAUUUCAACGAGUCUUUUGUAUCUAGUUAUAAAUAGAGUUGGUUCUUUCCAAUUGAAUUAUCAUCACAAGAAAAUCACAGCAACAAAAGUUCUCCUCACAGAAAGUCAUGCCUAGAUGCCUUUUAACCAACCUUGUUCUGAUUGGGUUCCUCAUUGUUUCGACAACAUUUUGCAAGUCAGAUACAUCCCUGGAGAAACAAAAGGAGUUAAAGCUCAAGUAUGGGGGGUUUUGCCCUGAGCACUUUAAACUUAUAAACGUUCCAUAUUGCAACAGCUUAGAAUGUGAUGUUGCGUGUAAAGAAGAGUUCGCUGAAGUGACCCAUAGUCUCUGCAUAGAGGAGACGUAUGGUUAUGAUGACUUGUGUGGCUGCUGCGACCCAUAUCCUGAAUUCAUCACAUUGCCCAAAUUUGUUGUUUCUUCUUCUACUAGCUGAUUCCACUAUUUUACCUUACAUUAGCAUCCACACUGUAGACUUUCUGGAAUUUGUGUCUCUUUACUAAGAAUAUAUGUUUCUAA